AAUUUUUGUCAACUACGUCCGGAGGAAAAAGUUAUUUACUUGGGAAUAGACUGCACGGCUGAAAGUUUACAUAUCGGUCAUUUGUUUUUGUUGUUCCAAACUAUUCGUUUUGCCCGAGAGGGAUUUUGGGUGCUUUUGGUAUUAGGAGGAGCCACUAGCAAAAUCGGUGACCCCAGCGAUAAACUACAAGAACGACCACAAUUAGGCAACGAAAAAUUAGCCGAGUAUGAACGAGCAAUAAAAUCCCAAUUGGAAAGGAUUUUUUUUGCUCCAUUGCAAUUAACUAAUUUAGAUUUGGCUCCGUUGGAAGCCUUUGUUGAUUUUAUUGACCAAGCCGGCCGCAAUAUUAGCAUUAAUUACUUGCUGGCUAAGGAAACGAUUAAACAACGCCGAGAAACUGGUCUGUCUUAUGCAGCAUUUAGUUAUUCACUCCUCCAAGCCUAUGAUUUUUAUUAUUUAUAUAAAAAUUAUAAUUGUCAUGGGCAGUUGGGAGGGAGCGACCAAUGGGGUAAUUUAACGACCGGAUUAAAACUAAUCCGUGGUAUUUACCUCGACAGUAAAACCUUUGGCUUUACCUUUAAUAUGCUGGUUGAUAAAGAAGGGAAAAAACUCUCCAAAUCUGAGAACAAGAAAGGAAUGAUUUGGUUAGACGAAAAAAAAACCUCUCUUAAAGAAUUAUAUGAUUUUUUUCGGAAUAUGCCCGACCCGCAAGCCACAACAUUUAUCCAGCAAUUUACUUUUUUGCGAGAAGAACAAAUUAAAGAAUUAUUAAAAUUAAAUAAUCCACCCCGGCUAAGAAUACUCCAAAGAAUAUUAUACGAACUAAUAUUUAUCCUUAAUUAUCGUUAUUAUCAAAGGAUUUUUGAUUAA